UGGAAGAAAGGGAACGGAGGCACCAAGAGGAGCAGAUGCAGCAGCAGCUUAGGGAGAACAUGCAGAUGCAGCAGCAGAUGUUGCAGCAGAUGCAACAACAGCAACAGAUGUUCCAGCAGAUGUUCAUGAACCAGGCCGUGCUGACUUCCCCACCAGGGAGUAGUGGUCCUAGCACGUCGUGUCCUCCUAUGUUCCCACAUUUUAUCCCCACGCCCGAUCCGGUUGUGAUGGCGCUCCUCCAGCAAGCGCCAAGUCAGAGCCCGCUGACACCUGGCUUGAUCGUCAACAAUACGGGCAUCAUCCGGAGCCUGCAGCAGUUUCUAGGAGGACAAGGAGGUGGAGAAGGACAAGGAAGUGGAGAAGGACAAGGAAGUGGAGAAGGUUGAUGUUGCUUGUGUAUGAACUUGUUGUGCGACUUGGAACAUUCUAUGUUGGAGACUUUGUUGUUGAUGUUGAUUGUAUGAAAUAAUUAUGCGACUUGGAACUAUUGUAUGGACUUUGUUGGACUACUCGUGUAUGAACUUUGUUGUUG